AUGGGAAAUGUGGGCUUUGGGGUCGUCCUUGCUGUCCUGGCCUUACUCAUCAUCACUAUCAAUGCUCUUGUGGCCGUUGCGCUGGUCCGGCUCAUCUGGAAGAGCGGCUGUCGCGGGCUGUGCUUUGUUUUAAAUCUUGCCAUUGCUGACUCUUUGGUUGGUUUCACCAUAACUGGGCUGGUUACAGAAGAGCUGUCCGGUCCCACCCACCAGACACCCCGAAAUUACUGUAUUCUGCGCAUGGCCUGCAUCGUCUGCCCCUCGGCUGCUUCCAUCCUUACAGUCAUUCUGGUGGCCUUUGACCGAUACCUGGCUAUUAAGCAUCCCUUCCGGUAUUUCAAAUUCAUGCAUGGUCUAGUUGUCGGGGCUUGUAUAGGAGGACUCUGGCUCCUUGCCUUCUUGAUCGGCUUCCUCCCUUUGAUUGUCCAGAGCUUCCAGAAGAAGAACUACGAAAAGCCGUGCACUUUCUUCGGCGUCUUCCAACCCACCUACAUGCUCACUGUCUUUUGUGUGGCUUUCAUCCCCGCUUUGUUUGCUUUCAUCUAUGUUCACUUCCACCUUCUAAAGAUCGCUUCUUCACACGCCCAGCAGAUUCGAGAACGGGAGCAAAUCCACGCAUCAGGAACCUGCCCAGCCCCACAGUCCUCCAGCGAGACCAAAGCCAUGCGCACCAUAGCCAUUUUGGUGGGAUCUUUUGCCCUCUCCUGGUCACCCUUCUUUGUUGGGAGCAUCGUGCAAAUGGCGUGUCACCGCUGCUUCUUGCAUCACCUCCUUGAGCAUUACCUGUGGGUGCUAGGCUUGUGCAACUCCCUCAUCAACCCCCUUGUCUAUGCCUACUGGCAGAAGGAAGUGCGCUUGCAGAUCUAUCAAAUAUGCUUGUGCAUGAAGAGGGUGGGGCUCGGCCCCUUCAUGCUCUUACUCUCAGCCCACCAGCUAAGCCACUUGCUGUCAUUUUCUACUUCAAAGCAAACUGGUUAUGCUUGUACUGAGGCUAAUGCUGCUAGGACUCUCAGACUACCUCCUGCUAAGAACCCAGGACACAUCCACCUGUGAAAUGUCACGGGGUGAAAGUCAGCCUCCAUCCCAAGAGGGACAGCUCUCGAGUCAAGUCACAUGAACAGCACUCUGCUGUUUACAACUUUAGAACUGCAAAGGUUGCUUAACAACUGCAGUGCAUAUGUGGUGAAAGGGAAAGGCAUCCCACCCCCCAAACAGGAAGACAUUUGUUUCUCACAGGCAGGCUAGCAAGGCAGAGCAAUGCGCUGAGAACGUACAGAUGAGACUGCAUUGUAACACAGAACAAUGCACUGAGAACACAGAGAUGAGGCUACCUUAUAACAAGACGUUAGUCAAGGUAGUCUAGCACUCUAUAUUUCAACUGGGUCUUUCUCAUGCCUGCUACCAGAGGUCUGUAUUGCAAAACACUGUUCUGUUGUUUUUUUCUCCUUCUCUUGCCCACU